AUGGAGCGUGAGAAUGAAGUGUGCUAUUUAUUGCGAUUCCGCAAUCUUUUAAAUCAAUUUUUAGUUGACAUGUACGCAAAAAUUGAGACUGAAAGACUUAACUAUAUUCGUAACAACCAAAAAAAACUGAGAAGUGAGGAAUACGUUCACUUGAAAGAUGCUUUGUCAAAAAAUGAUGAACAAUUAUCAACAAUGGGAAAAAUGGUUGUGUUGCCUUCUUCUUUUACUGGAGGACCCCGUUACAUGCAUGAGCGAACUCAAGAUGCAAUGACCUAUGUACGUCAUUAUGGACGGCCAGAUUUAUUUAUAACAUUCACCUGCAAUCCUAAGUGGCCGGAAAUAACGCAGCUUUUGAGUGAAGGUCAACAGUCUUAUGAUAGACAUGACAUCGUAGCGAGGGUUUUCAAUGUGAAAGUGAAACAUAUGAUAAAACUUCUUACAGUAGGUCGUAUCUUUGGUGACACAAGGUGUCACAUGUACACCAUAGAAUGGCAAAAACGUGGACUCCCUCAUGUUCAUAUUCUAUUAUGGUUAGAAGAGAAAAUGAGACCAGAGUCUAUUGACCAAAUUAUCUGCGCUGAGUUACCUGAUCCAGACAUAAAUCCAGAUCUUUAUCAAAUUAUCAAGACAACCAUGGUUCACGGUCCAUGUGGAUCUUUCAACUUAAAAUCACCCUGUAUGGUUGAUGGUAAGUGCACAAAAAAUUUCCCAAAGGAAUUUUUAAAAGAAACUCAAACAGGAGAUGACGGAUAUCCCAAGUAUCGUAGACGAUCACCAGCAGACGGAGGAAAAACUUUCAAACUUAACGGAGUUGAAAUCGACAACCGAUGGAUAGUGCCGUACAAUCCCGUUCUAUCCCAUACCUUCGGGACUCAUGUUAAUGUUGAGAGUUGUAACUCCGUAAAAGCCAUAAAAUACAUCUGUAAUUAUUUAAAUAAAGGAUCUGACCAAGCAUCGUUUACCGUUCAGGAUUUUGAUGAGGUGACGAAGUACCAGGCGGGACGUUACAUCAGUAGCUCUGAAGCAGUCUGGCGAAUAUUUCGUUUUCCUAUUCAUGACAGGUUUCCUUCGGUGAUGCAUCUUGCUGUACAUCUUGAAAAUGGUCAAAGAAUUUAUUUUACUGAGCAAGAUGUGAUUGACAAAGUAAUUAAUCCAAAAAAAACAACACUAAUGGCUUUUUUUGAGCUUUGCCAAGUUGAUGACUUUGCAAAAACUCUUUUGUAUGUUGAAGUUCCAGCUUAUUACGUAUGGAAAAAUAACCGCUUUGAUAGAAGAAAAAAAGGUAAGGUUGUUUCAGGUUAUUUAGGAGUCAAGAAAGAUCAAGUUUUAGGUAGAGUUUAUACCGUGCAUCCCGGAAAUACUGAAUGUUAUCACCUGCGUCUUCUCCUACAUGAGAUUCGAGGUCCUACAUCAUUUUCUGCUUUGAAAACUGUUGAUGGAGUGAUUCAUCCAACAUUUCAAGCAGCAUGUAGAGCACUUGGUCUUCUAGAAGAUGACGCUAAUUGGUAUCGCACUCUGGAUGAAGCUUGCAUCUCUGAUUCGCCCUACAAGAUCCGUGAGCUGUUUGCCAUUAUGUUAGUUUUUUGUCAUGUUGACGACCCAUCGAAAUUAUGGGAGAAAUAUCGAGAUUAUUUUUCAGAAGAUAUUAAGAGAGAGGUAGAACGAGACGGUGGAAAUGUUGAGCUGUUACUUGACGUUAUUUACAACAAAUGUCUCAUACUACUUGAAGAUAUUGUUAUAUCAAUGUCUGGAAAAACACUUCUUCAGUUCGGCCUCCACUCUCCAACCCGAGAUGAAAGGUUUAUUGUCACUAAUCGUCAAUAUUUGCGUGAAUUGGCUUACGACACCGUCUAUUUAACUAAAGUUGUAGCUGAAAAUGUUCCUAAAUUAAAUCUAGAACAGAGAAAAGUUUACAAUGAAAUUUUAAAUUCGAUUAUAUCUGAUUCUGGGCAGUUGUAUUUUCUUGAUGCUCCAGGUGGUACUGGAAAAACGUUUUUAAUCAAUUUACUGCUUGCGAAAAUCAGGAGUGAAAAAAACAUCGCUAUAGCCGUUGCUUCUUCAGGAAUUGCUGCGACUUUGAUAGACGGAGGUAAAACAGCUCACUCUGCCUUUAAAUUACCUCUCAAUUUAGGUUAUUCUGAGUCUCCACUUUGUAACAUCUCUAAACAGAGUGAUAUGGCUCAUGUGCUGCGAGAAACAAAAAUUAUUAUCUGGGACGAAUGCACUAUGGCUCACAAAAAUGGUAUUGAAGCUCUAAACAGAUUGCUCAAAGAUAUUAGAGGUUGCGACCGAAUUAUGGGAGGAGUAAUUGUUCUCUUAGCCGGUGAUUUUAGACAAACUUUGCCUGUUGUGCCACGAGGAACACGUGCAGAUGAAGUUAAAGCCUGUAUUAAGUCAUCAAUUUUAUGGCCUUCGGUCAAAGUUUUAUCUUUGACUAUCAAUAUGCGUGUUCAUCUUCAGCCAAAUUCGAAAGCAGAAGAGUUUUCAAAAAUACUGAUUGAUAUAGGUGAUGGCCAAAUUCCGGAAGAAGACGGAAGAAUAAACGUGUUCUAUAUUAAUUGUGAAACUGUCCCAGAUUUAAUCACCUUGACUGCCAAAAUAUACCCGAAUAUUGACAAAGCUGGCGAUAAUUGUAGUUCAUGGUUAAAGGAGAGAGCCAUCCUCACACCAACCAAUGAACAAGUCAAUUGUAUUAACAACUUUUUGCUGGAGAAACUGCCAACUGAGCAAGUAAGAUAUGAAUCGGUGGACAAAGUACUGGAGGAUGAAGAAGCUGUCCACUAUCCUGUUGAAUUCUUACACACACUCAAUCCACCAGGGAUACCACCUCAUGUUCUUCAACUCAAGAUUGGCACUCCAAUAAUGUUGCUCCGCAAUUUAAAUCCGACAAAAUUAUGUAAUGGUACCAGGCUUCAAGUCAAGGUCUUACACAAAAAUGUCAUUGAAGCCAUGAUUUUCACCGGAAAAUAUGAAGGAGAAACUGUAUUCAUUCCAAGGAUCCCUCUGAUUCCAUCAGAUUACCACUUCGAAUUUAAACGUCUGCAAUUUCCUGUCAAAGUUUGUUAUGCCAUGACGAUUAACAAGGCACAAGGGCAGAGUUUAAAGAUGACUGGUAUUGAUUUAAGAAAUGACUGUUUCUCUCAUGGCCAACUAUACGUGGCAUGCUCAAGAGUAAGUUCACCUGACAGCUUGGUCAUUCUUCAACCAAUAGGAAAAACGAAGAAUGUUGUAUAUAAAGAAGUUUUAAGUAUUUAA